AGACUCCUCAUUUCAGUUUCUCAAGAUGAGAUGUCCUGCUCAGCUCCUGGGACUGCUGAUGCUCUGGAUCCCUGGAUCCAGUGCAGACAUCGUGAUGACACAGACUCCACACUCCCUGAUGGUUGCCCCUGAAGAGCCAGUCUCCGUUUCCUGCAAGUCCAGUGAGAGCCUCCUGCAUACCUAUGGAAACACAUACUUGCAUUGGUACCUGCAGAAGCCAGGCCAGUCUCCACAACUCCUGAUCUAUAAAGUUUCCAACCGAUUUACUGGGGUCCCAGACAGGUUCAGUGGCAGUGGGUCAGGCACAGAUUUCACACUGACAAUCAGCAGGGUGAAGCCUGAGGAUGCAGGGGUUUAUUACUGCCAGCAAGAGACAAAACGCCCUAACACGAUGCUACAGCCCAGAGCAAAAACCUCCCUGCAUGUGGCAGCCCAGCUGUGCCCAUGUGCUGCUUGCCUGGGGACCAGCAGAGCAGAUUCUCUGAGUCUGUGUACAAGGACAAGAUCUAGUGGAGAUGUUGUGAUGACACAGACUCCACUCUCCCUGUCCUUCAACCCUGAAGAGCCAGCCUCCAUCUCCUGCAAGUCCAAUGAGAUCCUCCUGCAUAGCAAUGGAAACACAUACUUGAAUUGGUACCUGCAGAAGCCAAGCCAUUCUCCACAUCUCCUGAUCUAUACGGUUUCUAACCGAUUUACUGGGGUCCCUGACAGGUUCAGUGGCAGUGAGGUGAAGCCUGAGGAUGCAGGGGUUUAUUACAACGAGCAAGGAUCCAGUGGGAAUAAUGUGACACUACAGACCCUGCUCUUCCUAUCCAUCACACCUGGAGGGCUGGCCUGCAUCACUAGAAAACUCACAGAGGGCCUCUCAGAGUGGGUUCAUACCAGUAAUAGCAGCUACAUUGGUGGCUGA